AUUUUCUACGUGGAAAAUGGAAAGUAGGUGUUAUGUAAAGCCAAGACUAACCACUAACCACUAACCAGUACUCACUUGGCACAACUAUUACCUAGCUAAUCACAUUCAAUAACCGUAUUCAAAAAUAUUUAUCACUGAAUAAUCUAGAUUAGCAAGAGGAGAUCCAUACUGAGCACUAUAAAUAGUGGCCAAAACCUCCUCAUUUCCUCGUACCAAUCUCACAGCAUUCCUUGAUAAGCUCUUAGUACUUUUCUCAGUUUCUGUUUCAAUAGAAUUAUGGGUGUCCAAAAGACUGAAGCCGAAGUCACUUCCUCUGUAUCAGCAGAGAAACUGUUCAAGGCCUUGUGCCUCGACAUCGAUACACUUCUUCCUCAGGUUCUCCCUGGUGCUAUCAAGAGUUCCGAGACUCUUGAGGGCGAUGGUGGAGUUGGAACCGUCAAGCUUGUCCAUCUUGGCGAUGCGAGCCCCUUCAAGACAAUGAAGCAAAAGGUGGAUGCCAUUGACAAAGAGUCCUUCACAUACGCUUACAGCAUCAUCGACGGAGACAUUCUUCUGGGAUUUAUUGAAUCCAUCAACAACCACUUCGCGUAUGUCCCUAAUGCUGAUGGUGGCUGCACUGUCAAGAGUACCAUCACUUUCAACACCAAAGGCGAUGCUGUCGUCCCUGAAGAGAACAUUAAGUUCGCUAAUGACCAGAACCGCGCCAUUUUCCAGGCUGUUGAGGCUUAUCUCAUUGCCAACUAAGUAUGAUUAUAUAAUAGUAUGUUCGUGAGACCUGGAUGGCCAGUGAUGCCUGAGCUUGAAUAAUUUGUGUACGUGUGACAUGUACGAGGUUUUUCUAUUAUUGAUGUAAUAUCGUUUCGAGUAUUGUAAUCUUUCUGAAGUUAUACCUUUUUGCUUAUUGAUA